CUAGAGUGGUGUUAGUGCCCACAAGCGACGUCGGAGGCCAGUGCAGAGGGGGAAAUAAGGGAGAAAAGGAGUGAUAAGAGGCAACAAUGGUGGAAAAUUGGGAAAAGAAUCGGGGCCCUGAGAUCGGUGAACGCCCCGUGAAGAUGACAUUAAUACGGGAAGGAACACGGCACACGCAGGGAGGACACGCAGGUCUUUUAGUUCAUGCUUGAUCAACACUCGUUGCUGAGAGAGAACUUCGAAGAGUGUGAAGGCGUUACUUGCACUUACCUGCUCUCCACACCUUGGUUCAGGUCGCGAGGUGUAACAGGUGUAGAAAUUGGCGUGAGAAAAUGCAGACGAAGAGACACUAACUCACAAAUUUCUCUAAAGUGUGAUUGAAAGUUCGGUUUUCUUCCGUUCAUUUCGCUUAUUAGGACGCAGAAAAUCAGUGACGCAGUGAGACUUCCAGGAAUAGAAGAUGACAGCCGACAACUCGAGCUCUUUGUUGGAGCUAAAGCAGUUGCUGGUGACCGGUACAAAUAAUGCGGCUUGGAGUGGAAACCACCUAGUACGACACUUAGUGGACUGGUACCAGCGCAAUGAACGAGAGAAUCGCAAUAACCCGGCACUCACCGACACUGCACCCGAGGACGAAUCCGCGAGAAUCCGAAUCUCCAACCCUUGCGACAGCUUGAUUUACUCCACAGCAGUUAUCCCCAAGCUGGUGAGCGAAGGGAAGGCGGAUAUUAUCAUCGACACGCUCCGAAGUUACAGCCAGCUGCCUUAUGUGGACAAGGAGGCACUGGUGAUGUGUCUUGCUGUGGCCUCCAAGCAAGCUGAACACAAGAAACUAGUCACGGAUGCCCACUCGGCCGUGCGAGAGCUGUGCACCAACACACACCUGUUCUUCCUCUUCAUCCAGAUAUCUAAGAUGAUAUCCAAGAAGUCUGGACAUUCUGGAUGGGGACGUGGUCUUCGCCGUGCUGUUGGUGAAUGGUACCGAAGUUGGGAACCAAAACGGCUGGCUUUGGAGGUGACUAGACACUUCAGUGCCCAUGGAUGGACUCACCGUGAUGUGGUCAGGCUUGCUCAUUUGAAGCUGAAGGAGAUGCCUCUAGGGAGCCAAGUAGUUCUGCACUACGUUUUUAUGGGACUGGACAAGACUGUUCAAGAAUACACAGGAAAGGACAACACCAGUGAACUUUUGGAACUCAUGCAAGUGCUAGACAAGGAUGGUCACCCGAAGGAUAAGGAACAACAGUGGGAUGUAGAUCAAGUGAUCAACAAGGUGAACAAGCUACAUGAAGUGUACAGUGAAGUGACACUAGAUGAUGUACCUUCACAGAGCCUCAAAUCUCCUGAGGUCUGGUCUCACAUGCUGGACAAAUUGGAUGGAGAGUCAGCUGUAGCCAGUGUGAAUCGCAUGGCCAAGGCAGGUCUGCUAAGCCAGAGUGCAGACAACACCAACGUCCUUCCCAAUAAGCUGGUCGACCGCUUGACUCAUUCGGAUGUCGCUUCGAGCCCUGUGACUCCAGCUGUUACUCUCAUGGCUCUUCAUGCUUAUGAACACCCAUCCAGAUUCUCCAGCGAGGCCUGUGGCAAAGUGUACGAGAAGAAGUCCUGCAAGUCCCCGCGAGCCCCUACGAAAGCUCCCCUCAAGAAGUCAACCAAAGUAAACCAGAGCGUUGUUGAUGCUCUUCACAAGCUUAUUGCUGGAAGUUCAAAGAAUCUUGAAAAGACAGCAAAGAAGUUAGCAAUUGUUGUUGAUGUUCGAGGCUACAUGAGCACAAGCCAUGUGUGGACAGGUAACCCAGAAGGCAAGGGGGAGGUAACAGGACAUGAAGGAGCUGCUGUAAUUGUGCUCACCCUCACUUCCGGUGGAACUUGCCCGGUCGUGAACACCCUGGCCUUCUCUGGCACUGGAGUAGCUGAAGUGCCUGUUACGGAGGGAAUAACUCUCUUGCAGCUGGUGGAAAAAUUCAAGGAGACGGUGAUUGGUGAGGUCAGUGUUGAUGUCGCUCUGAAUUGGGCCCAAGAGAAAAAUAUGGAGACUGUUAUUGUCAUCACCCACAAGCUUGACCAGCAGGCCAUCACUGCUGCUGCCCAGUCCCUCAAGCAGAUCAAUGAUAAGAACAACACACAAAUGAGACUGGUGUUGUGUGGACUAGGGACAAAGCAUCUACAUACCCAGCGAACAGAAAACUUCCUCCUUGUGCUUGGAUUUGAUCAGCGAACACCCAGCAUCAUCAGAGCCUACCAUGAGAGGCUCUUUUAAGAUGGGGACAAUGUUAGCCUUCCUUUUUUUUAUCGCAGGAGAGAGUUGCUGUGACCAGCAGUUGGAGGAGAUCUGAAUCACAGUUGUUCCUUGCAGAUCAACCUCAGCUCUUAAGGCAUGGGAUUAUGACUAGCAAAGUUUAUUGUAGGCCAUUGUGAGUGAGGUUGUUGGGCAGUCAAGGCAUUUGUGACUUUCUCAGCAAACCGUAACAAUAGAAAGAGGCCUCAUUCUUGAAGAGUGCGAUCUCAUUUUCAGAUUUAAGAUUCAGGAGAUCUUGUUGCGCCUUUGAAUCCAAGUUUUUCAAGUGUAAGGGGUUCAGUGCAGUGCUUGAAAAGCAUAGGAUUUUCAAGUAAAAUUAACUGCAUGGUCCUUAUGACAAAGCAUAGCACAGACUGAGCUAGAGUUUUGGUGCCUUCACAAAAUUUUUCCAGAUAUUUAGUGCUCGGUCAUUUUGUAGAAUCAUUUUCUCAUGUGAAGAGUGAGUAGGCCAAUGUUUUGAAAGAUCUGAAAGUAUUUUAUGACCAACACAUUUGUCUAUAAAAUGUACCCUAACAUACCUGAUAUUUGCGGGUUGAACUUCUUGUUCAGAAUUCCAGAGGGUAGCAUAUAUUGGUCUAGAAACUUUUUGAAAUAAAGAUUAGCUUUAAUGAUGCUAAAUAGCUAUGUACCAUAGAGUCUGUUAGAUAAAAGGGCUUAUUAUGCCAUUUUAGAAUAAUUGAAAUCUAGAAGGUGAUAUUUUUGAGUAAUUAGUGCUGGUAAUAUCCAUCCACAUACGUAGGCAGAUGUAAGGGUUAUAACUGCCAUUUGAUUUAAGUAUAGAAUUUUAUUCCAGAUAUAUUUUGGAGAAAAGUGUACGUGAAACUUGUACAAAAUUCCAGUACAUGUUAAGUGUAUUCUGAACUACAAAAAGAUCUACUUCCAGAUCUUAUUGUUUACAGUUUCCCUCAUUUCUACUAGCCUUUUCUGUAGCUCUUUCAGGACCCAAUCUUACAAAAGUGGCAUGAUAUUCAGAGCUGUAUGUUAUAAAGCUAAAUCAAUGCUUGUGAAAGACUUUGUGGUAAGAUACAAACAUUAAGGUAGCUCCUUUUAUUAUAGACAUGCAAAUUGGAAUUCAUUUUUCUCGAGUCCUGUCCAUCUAGGAUGCUGAGUAGUACACAUAUCAUUUGAUGCUUCACAUGUCAUAUGUUGUCUAGGAUCUAUUCAAAUGUGACAGGGCUAUUAUAGAAAAUCUCAAUUUACAAAAGAAUAGAUAUAAAGAACAUUUCAUUAUAAAUGCUGUUGCAAGGUCUACUUUUUUAUGACAAUCAAACCACAGAUGAUUUUUUUUUUUCAUAUGAGAAAACCAAGUUGUUAGGCUGGGAACUAUAAUAAUAAACUAGAUGUUUUUGAAAAAUAGAUUUGAUUCUGUGCCACGAUAUUGGUUGACUUUUGUAAGUGGAGACAAUAUUUAGGAUCAAUCAUAUAAUGUGCGACUUAUCUAUAUGACAAAUGACAGAUCUAGAGAGAUUGUCUUAAGAUAUCAAGUGAUAUAACAUAAUUUGUGGCAGUAUAAAUCAAGGUUAGAAAAGUGUGAAUUGUUUCUGGUGUAGAAAGCUGUGGAAUCCAAGGGCAGUAGUGAGUGCUGGUCUUCAUUUGUGAUGGAUGAAAAUACUCCCUUUAAUUUGUGUUUAGGAUUUUUGGUGUAGUAAUGGAAACAAUUGUGUGUAGCGUGUAAGUAUUUAAUGGAAAGAAUGAAAAGUUUUCUUGCGCUAAAGAUGUUGAUGGAUAAUGGAAGGGAAUAGUAACUGUCAGUGUCUGCUGGUGAGGUGAUCUGUGAAGGCAGCAGAUACUGAAAAUGGUGUGACAUAAUUUAGUUAUAUAUAUUUUUCAGUUGCCAUUUCAAUCAAAUCCAUUGAAUUCUAAUUAGUGACAUUUAGCAGAUGGUGUAAGUUAAUAAAUUUGAAGUUAAACUUGCAGGAUGGCUGACGUUCUGCUAGAGGUUGGUAAUCCAUCGUGUUAAAAAAAUAUAAAUUCAAGCAAAAUCUUUGGUGUUGUACUAGUCAUGUAAAAAGGGAAAGAUGGAAACUGUGCAGCAUUUUCCCUUUUGCUCACAAGUUGCACAUAAUUCAUCUGUUUCUUGUGCUGAGUUUAAGGAAAUUUUUUAUUUUCAUUUAUCUGUUUUGCAAAGAAUGAUAAAUUAAAUACUUCAGACUAAGUGAGAACUAUACAGGAAAUUACUUUAUGUACUGGAAAAAAAAAAGGUUUUCCUAUGAAUCUCCACUAAGUGUCAGGAUUGACUGUUUAUGUUAACAAAACUUUGAAUGAAAACAAUCUAAGUUAUAGAAAAUUGAGGAAGCUAAUGUUCAGAGGGAAUUUUAUAUUGAUGAAGAAACCAAAGCUGGGAAUUAGCAUUCUUUAAAAUGGAAUUUUAUCUCUAAAUAUUUUAUUUGAAUAAUACUCAUAAUACAUAGAAUUUUUUCUUCUUGAUAUGGAAAUCUGUAAAGGGAGUGAUAUUUCUUCCAUUUUGUGAAUACAAUGGCAAAAGGAAUUAAACCCAGUGGAAAGCAUUUGAUACCAUCACAUCUUCAUAUAUCAGAGCAAGAACACUUAGUUAUGACACAGUGUCUGUUAUGCCCAUUUGUGAUUGCUCCUUCAUUCAGCAUACUAUUCGCUUGAAGACACCUGACAUAAUUCUUCCUGCUCAAGAUUUCGUGUAAGGUACCAUCCAAUGCACCAGAGGAAAGUUGGGAAUACAGAAAGAGCAAUAUAUUAACUUGUUCUGGAUUCAUGAAAGUGAUUCGGUAUGGAUAUGGAACAUCCAUGAGGUUAGGUUGUCUCUUGUUUCCAGAUCCUAUUUUAAUGGAUUUUUAUGGUGCUGUAAAUGUGUGUUAAGGCCUUCCAGGUAACAAUCCUGAUAUCAGAUAAUUGUUCUUUAAAUAAUGUGUAUAUGCAAAAUAUUUGUGUUGAACUUUAUGGGAAGAGGGAGCCAUAGAACUCAAGUGAUUAACAAAAAAUGAUGGAAAGGCAUUCCUCAAUAAUGUCUGCACUUGAAGAUGUUGCUUCUAGGCAUUGUAAAUCUCGGAUAAUUUGUGGUUCUAACCCAGCUCACUUUAUCACUUACUGAGAAAGUUAUGCAAAAAUGGAAAUGUUUAAAAGGAAAACAUACCAGUUGUGCUCAUAAAAUGUAAGUAUUGAAACUAAUCGAACUGGGAAAAAGUGCAAUUUUUUUGAGGAUUCAAGGUGAGUAGGAAGGGUUGAUUGUGUAAUAACAAUAUAUAGGUUGGCCUCAUUGGAAAAAAAACUAAUGGUAGCAAAAUAAUAUCUCCUGAAUAGGAUUGUUAGUCAGUAUUUAUCAAGAUCUGAUACUUGAUUAGGCCAAUAGAAAUAUGUCAUAUAGUCCCUUAUUUAGUACAGAGCUGAGGCUAUCCUGUAAGACAAUUGAACGAACUUUUGCAUUUGUUCAGAACCAUCACCCAAUGUGAUAAUUUUAUUGAUGGGGCAUCACUCAUCAAUUGCAUGCCUGUGGGAUAUCGGUGGAAAAUUUAAACUAAAACUUUGUGAAAUGCCAGAAAAACUCAGUGACGUUACUGAAGUGUCUCUUGUUUUUUAAUUAUUCCUGGCAAAAGAAAAAGCUUUAACCUGUUUUGAACUUCUUGUUGUAUGUCAUGAUAAGAAAAUGAUUUGCAUUUUAUAUGAUUUCUUGCAUUUCUUGUUUUUGUUUUAAGCAUUUUAUGUUUUGUGUUGUAUUUUAUAUAUUCUCUUUGGUAUGUAUUAUUUUAAAUCUCUAUGAAUCCACUUGGUUGCAUGUUUUGUGUAGUAGCAGCAUUUUUAUUGCUUUGUAAUAUUUAUAUCAAGGCUUUACCAACUUUAUUAUUUUUUUCAUUAUUUUUAUUCUCUUGUAAGGAGAAUGGUGAGUAAUAACUAUUGAAAUGGGCCAGAUACAAACAUGGUAAAUAUAAGGCAUUUACGAGCAUGGCAUUUUUUGUGUAUUAAGAUAAUUUGGUAUAUUAAUACUAUGUUUAGUCAGAUUCUCUCGUCAUGUUCGUUGUUAAUCAAAUGAUGAUGCCUCUAGUCUUCAGAUUGCAUUGCCAUUUUAUGUUUCCGCUUUAGCUUAAAAAGAAAGGCAAGAAAAAAUAUUUUUGGGUUUACAAUCAUAUAUUUCUACAAAGGAUAGUAUAUGGUGUGUUUAUUCUCAUUUUAAAAUUUUGUUUGGUGAAUUAGACAUUGUAAAAAGAUAUCCAACAGUUUUGACUUAUGCUUUGAUAUAGGUAUAGAUGCAUUAGAGGAUAUUAGGGUUAUAAAGUGCAGGUUUGAAAAAUGUUCUUGUUCACAAAUUGAGUAAGUAAACAUAUUUGAAAAUUGUCUGCAACAUUACAUUUUGAUUCCCAAGUGAAGCUGAACCAAUUGCACAUAUUGUCAAAGAAAUGUUGGAAAUUAAUGCAGGCAAAUAUGGAUUAGUGACAUGGACAUUUUGUCUUUUUUUUCCUCUUCCGUUAACGAAAAUCAUAAAAUUUGGAAGCUUUAAAUAUGGUGUAUUGUUAUGUAUUGGAAAAAUGUAGGAAGAAAUGAGAGAUUAGGUCUCUGGCAGAAAGGCACUUAGGUAUAGAUUAUUUUCUGGGAAUAACAAACACAAGAGAAACCCUAUUGUUCAAUGCUGUGUGUAAGUGCAAGCAAUCAUCUAUGUUACGUAUGCAGGAAUAUAUAUAUAUUGUCUUAUAAAAGAUGUAGAAUAAUCAUUGUUUGAAUACCUUUUAGGCAGCUUUUAGAAGGUAAUGCUUAUUAUUUAAAUAUUUAUGCAUCUCACCAGAAAAACUAGAAUUUAAGACAUUUUUUUAAACUUGUGGUUUACUUUGCAUCUUGGAACCCAAAUAUGCAAUGGUAAAUGAAGUUGUUAAACUGAAUGGUAGGGUUUGGUCAACUGGAACUAUCAAUCGAGAAAAAUCAGUGGAUCACAAGUAGGCGCUUCAUGAACACAGGUAUCUUGAAGGGGAAAAAUGUACUGUUGGAGUAAUAGGUUCCUUGAAAGUUCUGAAAAAAGGCUUGAUUAAGUAACUAUUAAUAAUUAGUAAACUCAUGAAACCAAUUUGAUUAUAAUGUGCUUUUGAUAAAUUUGCUGAUUUUAUUUGUUAGCAGGACGCUGUUGUGAGCUCUUGGUUAUUGAUUUGGUUUAUGUUUUGUGGCGUAGUUUGCAAGUCCAGUAGACGUUAAAAAGAAAAUAUUAUAUAAAGAACAAGAAAAAAUGUAAAAAAAAAAAAAGAAAAAAAAGAAAAAAAAAAUGGGAGCAGCAUUUUUAAAGAUAGAUAUUUACAUGUAGAUGCUUCGUGUAGACAUUUGCUACAUGGCUUUUAGUUAUAAUGUUACCUCUUCUUGUGUAGCUCGUAUAUUCCACAUUCUACCAAAGAAUUUGUUAUUGUGUAUCCUUGUUUGGCUUUGUGAAGUAUAAACCUCCUUAUAUGUGUACUUGACAAAUCUUGUAGCUUUUGGCGUAUUUUUAUUUAUUAUUCUUUAGCAAUGAGGUGUUUGAUUAUUAUUAUUAUUUUAUUUAUUAUAAUGAUUAUGACUUUUUUUUAUUAAUUAUUAUUGGAAAUUUCUAAUGGAAUUACAAGUCCAAAUUGGUUAAAAAAAAAAAAAAAAAAAAAGGUUUUAACAUUGUCCAUGUUUCUUUUUAUUUACAUCUGUGAAGUAAGUUGUAUUAUUGUCAAGGCAUAAUGUUUUGUCACAGUUUGUGAUCAGUUUAUUAAGAAGAAAAAAAAAAAAAUGUAAUUCAAGAAUAUUCUAUUGUUCUUGUGGGAACUCCCUCUGUUGAACACUUUGUUUUAUAGCUUUGAUUAUAUGAUUUAGGCAACUAAGUAGCAUGCUUCUAUUUGUUAUGGAUGUGGAAGGGUCUUUAGUAUUCCUCUGUGAAUUUGUUUUUCGUGUGUUUCAUUUUUUUUCUGGAGGCAGACAGCAAUAUCGACUCCACAGUAUAAUCUGUUCUCCAUUGCCAGUGAGGUUGUGGUGCAUGUUUCGUGGUUUUUAAUGUAAGCCUCAAGAGCAAUCAUGGUAAAAGUAGCUGCAAUGGCAACAUAUACGCUUGUGGAACUAAAUCUCAUUAGCUUGGGUCAUCCUCUUAUUGCAGCAUUUGCCUGCCUAGUACUAUAGUACAAGUGUUUAUUGGCUUGUAUUUUGGCCAAGGGGAGAUCAAUCAUGCCCCCCUUGGAAAAAAAAAGAAAAAAGAAAAAAAAAAGAAAAAAAAAAUUGCCUGGAUUACAUCUGGAAUUGAGAAUAUUUAUAAUAUCUAGUUCGAGAAUGACUGAUAUGCAGUACUGGAUGUAGGCAGGGAGUUUGAUGAGAUGUGCACAGUCUUUCUCUUGACCACAUAUUUUUAUAUCCAGUCUUUUUGUUAGCACAUAAAUACUCGGGUGAAUAAAUAGUAGAUUGAAAUACAA